AACUUUCAACUGCCAGAUAUGAUGAGAAUUCGAUCCCUUCAAUCCCGCUGCUUUCCCAGUACUCCAGGAGCACUUGCAUCAUCAGUUUUUUCAAAUAAUCUGAUUCGUUCUGGCUGUCGCCCAUUUACUACUGCUCCCACCACCAGUUCAGCUCCACCACCAAACCCAGCAUCAAAUUCACGUGGGCCAUUUUUUUGGAUGCUCCUACUUGGAGUUCCAGCUGCAGGAGCAGGAUAUUACUAUUCGACUCAAUGUUGUGGAAGCAAACUUAGUCCCAAGCAGAUCGCCUGGAAGGAAGCUCCCGUAGCUGCACUUGAUCCAACUACGUUUAAGCCAUUUACAGUCAGGGAGAUUGUUGAUGUUAACCACAACACCAAGAUCCUUAGAUUUGCUCUUCCUGAAGAAGCCACGGAACUAGGUCUCAAGGCAGCAAGUUGCUGUACUACCAAGUUUGUCAAGGGCCUCAAAGAGGAUGGAAAACCUGAUGUGGUGAUUCGACCUUAUACGCCUUUGGAAGAUCCAGCCAAGGGGUACACUGGAUACUUUGAUAUGCUGGUCAAAAAAUAUCCUGAUGGAGUCAUGUCUUCCUACCUGCACUCUCGCCAAGUGGGAGAUGUUGUCGAGAUCAAAGGUCCGUUUUCCAAGUUUGAGUACAAGGCCAACGAGUUCAAACAUAUCGGCAUGGUUGCUGGUGGAUCUGGCAUUACUCCCAUGGUGCAAGUCAUUCAAAAGAUCCUAAGCGAUCCUACUGACAAAACCAAGGUGUCGCUCAUUUUUGCGAACGUUACCGAAGAUGACAUUCCACUGAGACCGUAUCUGGAUAAGCUUGCAAAGGAGCAUCCUGGACAAAUCAAUGUGUUCCAUACCCUUGACAAGCCUCCUGCUGGAUGGCAGCAAGGCAGUGGGUAUGUGAGCGAAGAUAUGCUCAAGAAGCACAUGCCGGCUCCUGGUCAGGGCAAAGUGUACUUUUGCGGCAAUCCAGGCAUGAUGAAAUUUAUUACUGGACCCAAGACAAAGGAUAAUAAGCAAGGCGAGUUGAGCGGACUUCUUAAGAAAUUGGGAUAUACCGAGGGAGAUGUCUUUAAGUUUUAAAGCCGUAUUCACGUAAAAUGGAAUUUGUAUUUAUCUUGGUCUUAUUUUGCUUCAGAAUAAACAGUGGU